UGCUGAUUUCCUUCAGUCAUUUAGGAAAAUUAUGGAACCUUCGGACUUUAAAGCUAAUUUCACCGCGGGGUCCGCUUAUCCCUUGUGUACGAAAUGGAGAGACAGCUCCGAGAAUUCAGUGUACCAACUCGCCAAUAUCUUCCUCUGCCUCGGGUUCAUGGGUGGCAGCGGUAUUUACGGAGUCUUGUACGUGUUUACCUUCCUAACUUUGGGCUUCUUCUGCGCCUCUCUCUGGGCUUGGACGGACUCGUGCACCACGGACACGUUUCUAUGGUGUUUUGCACUUUUCGCCGUGUGUUUGGGUCAAGUUGUCUAUGCUGCCUACAGAAUCAGAAGAGUCUCGUUUCAAAGAGACUUCCAGGAACUUUAUAAUUGUGUAUUUAAAAGGAUGGGAGUUUCACUGCCACAAUUUGGCAAAAUUGUCACUUGCUGCGACGGCGUUAUCCACAGCAUAAAGAAGGACCACUGCUUUGCAGUUGAAGGGAAGACCGCCAUCGAUAAACUGUCGAUGCUCAUGACCGGCAGGAUCCGAGUGACUGUUAACGGUGAGUUCCUGCACUUCAUCUACCCAUUUCAGUUUCUGGAUUCACCAGAAUGGGACUCCCUAAGGCCAUCAGAGGAAGGUGUAUUCCAGGUCACACUAUCAGCUGAUUACCCAUGUACAUAUAUAGCGUGGAGGAGGAAGAGCCUCUAUCUUCUUUUUGCUAAACACCGCUACAUAGCCAGGAUCUUUGCCUUGGUUGUGAGGAAUGACAUUGCAGAAAAGUUGUACUCUCUUUACGACAAAGCAUUCAACUGCUGUGGGCAUCGUUAUGAUCUCCGCUUACCGAGUUACUGUCACAUGCCAGGGACGAAAUUAGAAAAAGCAGAUGUCCAUUUGAAAGUCCCUGUGCUGGGUGAAGUUUCAACCUGACCCUCAAACACUAAUGGAGGCCUUAUAGUUUUGUGUUAUAUAUAGGAAGAGCCUUUAUAUACCAUCUUAUUUUCAUCCAUCCAUUAGAACAAUACAGUAUUUAAAUCAACACUAUAUGGAAUGUAGAAUAGGCUAUGCGUCAAUUUAACGCAAGGGCGUAGGUUUGCAUAGGGACCGUAGGGAUAUAACAUUACCUACUUUUAAGCAACCUUAUUUGCAUUAUAUAAUGAGUUCAGUUGUUAGGGAAUUUAGAUUGUCCUCCCAUAUGUUGUAAGGAUAGAAUUGACCCUACCAUUAUUCAGUGAAUUACAGUACUUUCAUUAUGUUCCGACUCCUAAACGGUCAUCGACCAAUCAUACGUCCUAGUGACCAUUGUUAAGGGAGCAUUUAAACUCUUGGAUGCCCAAUUGUUGAAUUGAUUUAUUUGGUAGCUUUAAGAUUGCAAACUGCCAUAAAACUUUCUGGAAGAAGACAAAGGAUCCACCAGCUGACCACAACCGGUGACCAGAAGCAGAGGUGGGCAGAGUAGCGUAAUUCCAAAAUAAUAUUACAUAAGUAAAAAUGGUCCACACGAUACACAUUUUGUCCAACGUCAUACCAAUUGACGAUGUCGCGAAAAUUGUUCUGUCCUUCGGACUAAAUGACAGGGAACAAAGAAGCGCGACCAACUUGGAAGUGAACCUACGAAAUAUGUACGACGCGGCAAAGGUGGCGUUCCCGAAAGCAAUAGUACAUAUCCCCCUGAUCACCUAUUCCAUCAACCUACCGGGAAAUGCAAAGAGAUGCUGGAAAUAUUGAACGUCCGCAUCAAGGAGGUAUGCAAGGAAUACAUCCCAGGACUAAACCAGACAGACUUCAAUAUCAGACCAAUGGGAUCCAUUGGACACCUGUGACCACCAGGAAGAUGCUGGGACAGUGGCUGUCUUUGUUUUUUGGGACUUUGUACAAACGGGAAAAUAAAGGGAAAAAA